AUGGAGGUGGCCAUAAAGCGAGCAGCUGUUGUGGAGCGAUCGUCCAACGUUGCCACCAUGUUUGAAGAGGAGGUGAAGGCGGUGUCCAAGUUGAGCCACAAGAACCUCGUGCGCCUCCUCGGCUACUGCAACGAGAACAACGAGCAGGUGUUGGUAUACGAGUAUGUGCGCAACGGCGACAUCAGCGACCAUCUGUACGCGCAGUACCGCGGGCACCUGCUGACCUUUGAGGAGCGGCUGGAUGCGGCGCUGGGGCUUGCAGAGGGGCUCAAGUACCUGCACUAUCAUGCAGAGAAGCCCAUUGUGCAUCGUGACAUCAAGCCCUGCAACGUGCUACUCACAGAGGACUACCAGGUGAAGAUUGCCGACUUUGGUUUGAUACGGUCACUGCAGGAGGGCGCGGAGCAGGAGGGCACGUUCACGCGUGUGGCGGGCACGAGGGGGUACCUGGACCCCGAGUACAUGACGUGUGAGAAGCUCUCCACGGCUAGUGAUGUGUACAGGUGGGUGUGGGUGUGUGUGGGUGGUGCUUGUGGGUGUGGGGCGACCAAGGCGGGCACGAGGGGGUAUCUGGACCCAAGUACAUGA